GAGCCUCUCUCCCCGCGGCAGACGGGGCGGCGGCCCGGCGCAGUUCCUUUGGGCUGCAGCCGGCGGGGAUGGCAACCACGCAGCUGACGAACGCCCAGGUGCUGGCCCACUACUACCUGCGCGAGGGCUACCUCAACAAGGUCCGAACCCUGUGCGACGAGGAGCUCCGACGCAGCAACGACCCCGCCCUGGUGCUCUGGAAGGCCCUGGCGCUUCACAGCGAGGGCUCCACCCGCGAGGCCAUCGCAGAGGCAGAGGGGGCCGUGGAGAAGCGGGACAUGGGGCUUCCCGCGGCGAGCGCCCUCGUCGUCCUCAACGGCGCGAUCCGCGACACUGACCAGGUGGCUCACUGGACCUCGCGGCUGCGCUCCGAGGCCCGGGACGCCUCCGAGGGCGCCCGUUGCCUGGCCGCGCAGCUCGCCGCACUGGCCGGCGAAUACGACCAGGCGCAGGAG